CAGUUUGUUCAGUUUUUAUCCUCUGUCAGUCCAAGCUCUUAUACAAAAUUAUUAAAUUCAGUGACUAGUUUUUCUAGCCUAACAAAGAAAUUUUGUUUUAAAAGGGACGGUGUGCAGCUGAAACAUUUGUCACCAUUUGAUGCACUGCUCCAGAUUAUAGCAUAAACUAAAUUUGUAUCUAUACAAUUUUUUUACAGGUUGCAGAACAGGUAUAUAAAUAAAAAAAAGCGGUCAAAGACAAUGGCAUGCUGUCUUCUUGCACACAGAAAAAAAAAAGAUUAAUUAGCACACAUUCAGGCUUGUAGUCAAUAAUUACAAAUAAGAGCAUUUGUUUUGUAUUUAAAAAUAAUCUCAGAGGGUAUAUAUUUGGAGGGAAUAUAUUCUCUUUGUUGUUAUCUUUCUACGUGUGGAUUGUUUGGGUUGGUCCCAACAGAUUGCAUCAAUAUGAUGUCAACAAAGUCGGUUAGAAAUAUAUUUCUUGAGAAAAAUACCUGAUAAUUACCUGAAUUAUGUUUGGAAAUUUUCUCAAAAGUUCAGAGUGUGAGUAGCGCAGAAGUUGAUGACAAUUUUCCUAGAGCGAGACAAUCAGGUUUUGAGUAGGCUAACCUGUUGUCAGGUGCAGAAUAUAUGCAAACUGAAGUGCACUGAAGCCCUGACCAGGAACCGGUAGAGUCUGUCUCUUCCUCUCUCUUGAAUCAGAAGACCAGGAGUCCAUAACGAGAGCCUACGGUAGAGUUAAAAAGUAUUUUUCACCUAGGAUCCCAUUUUAACCGGCAGCAGCAACAGCAGCAGCAGCACAGCCAUGCUACCUCUUGCCGGCACUUCCAGUUAGGUCCUCAGGCUCCGCUGCCCAUGGACUUCCCAAUGCCCCAUCCAGGGCAGCCGCAGUCAGGCAUAAACCCCCACUUGGCCCCUCCUGGCCACCAGCACGGUCCUCCGCUCCACCCACCUCUGAACCCACUGCCCGCUCCUCAGUUCCAGGACAUCCCCGGCCCUCCAUUCCUACCUCAGGCAUUACACCAGCAAUACCUCCUCCAGCAGCAGAUCCUCGAGGCUCAGCACCGACACAUUCUGCCGCCCUCCAGUAGACGCACCCCAGAGAGAGUUCCACACCAGCCGCAUAGACUGAGACCAGGCUAUGAGUUUGGCCCACCACUCCAUGUCCCUCCUCAGCCUGUGGUGCAGCAGCCUCGCUACCUGGCUGAGGGAACAGACUGGGAUCUCAGCGUGGAUGCUGGGCUGCCCCCUCACCAGUACCACAUCCACCCGCUGCCGCAGCACUAUCAGCACUACUUGACCUCCCCCAGGAUGCACCACUUCCCCAGAAACAAUGCCUCAACACAAGUGGUCGUCCAUGAGAUCAGAAAUUACCCGUAUCCCCAGUUGCACUUGCUUGCUCUGCAGAGUCUCAAUCCAUCCCGACACGCCUCUGCCGUCAGAGAGAGCUAUGAGGAGCUUUUGCAGCUGGAGGACAGACUGGGCAGCGUGAACCGCGGAGCCGUCCAAACAACCAUUGAGAGAUUCACUUUCCCCCACAAGUACAAAAAGAGAAUACCGCAGGACCUGAAAAUGUGUCUGGAUGACGAGGAGCUGGACACGGAUGAAAAGUGCACUAUUUGUCUGUCGAUGCUGGAAGACGGAGAGGAUGUAAGGAGAUUACCCUGCAUGCACCUUUUUCACCAGGCCUGCGUGGAUCAGUGGCUGGCCACCAGCAGGAAAUGCCCCAUCUGCAGAGUGGACAUCGAAACUCAGCUGAACCCUGAUAGUUGAUGGCUCCUGUUUACCCCUGCAGCUUUAGAUGUGGUCUUGUUAUUUCUCCAUCGUCUCCCCUAGUCCCUGGGGAGGUCCCGCCAAACACCCCUCUUCCCUUCUGCAUCACUCAAAGAGCCUGCCUUCUGAGACAGCCGUGACAGAGGGAUCAACAAAGCACACUCAACCUACAACACAACAAAAGAAGAAAGACGGGCGGCUGACGCACAGACAGGUGGCUGGACUGAACUGAAGGUCAGUUCAAGGGACUUUGCUGGAUGUGAGGGGUAGAAGAAGAGACGCGUAUGGACGGAUGUGCUGAGGCUUCACACGACUCUGGCAGAUCGUGUACACCCACGUACAUUUCUCCAUACACCUGCCAAGAGAGAGGACGCUCUUGACUGCCAACGUCCUGAGCUCAGUGUGGUGUUUCAGGGCUUUUUCUCUGCCAGUGAAUCCAAGCCCUCUCUGCCCUCUCCCUUCUAGGCCUGUGAAAAAUCCUUUAAGCUGCACUCUGCCCAAGCCCUGACUCAGCACAUCUGUAUAGAACAUCGUCAAAUGAUUAGCAUGAGGUUGUUUGGUGUGAACCCUUGUAGCUGAACGCUUGUGGUGUAAUGGAGUAUAGUACUGAAUAAGUAUUUACAGAGUAACAGUGUUGUGUAGCAAGCAAAAAAGCCUUUUGGAGAAAUAUGUUUGUUGAAGAUAAUCCUACACAGAGGAAGAAUAUGGCUGUAUUGCUAUAUGUAUCGCUCUACUGAGUAUUCAGCAACGGGAGAAAGAGCCAAGUAAAAAAAACAAAAAAAAAACAAAAAAAGGCCAAAAAUCCCUCUUUCGUGUCUCACAUGGUUUUGGAUUUACAGUUAGUAGACGCCAUCAGAGGUGAUGCUAAUCCCACUAACUGCAGGCAUGGCUUUCAGUGAUGUGCGUAGUGUCGUAGCGGGGCCUCGACCUAGAGCGGAGGCCUCGGAUCUGCAUGCUGUUUGGCAGGCUUGGGCUGUGUCGUUGAUAUUGUGGAGCAAGUAGAAACAGGAACUGUGUCUGUGCAUGUGAACCAUUUAUUAUGAUCAUUCAUAGAGGAGGACAAGAAUGCACUCAAGUAGCCCCACAGCCAUCCCCUCACCCUGCUACUCAUCCGGAGUAGACCAUGCUUGCCUUUAGAUGCUGAGCUCACGCCAGUGUGGCAUUUCUCUCCUAAUCACGUCGGUUAGGGUUCAAAGAUCUGCGGGUGGAUCUGGGUCUAAUGGCAACUCCCCUCCAUAGCCUCCCUCUUCACAAGGCAUGGGCCGGUAUGAGAUUCUCAUGGUAUUAAAACAGACAG